AUGGCCUACUGGGGCUCAAAGCAACCGACAGGGUCGCCGAAUCAAACAAGUGGAAGUGAUGAGGUUUUCAACAGCCCUGUUUCUUCCCGAAUGCAGCGUUUUGAAACAAAAAAUGAUUUGAAUAUUCCCGAAAGCCCGGGAAAUUCUCCUGCAAUGCCGAAAAAGCCAGCUGCUAUUCCUCUCUGUGAUUCCGUCUCGCCUCAAAAAUCCCCACAGCAGGAGCAUCAAGCAACUUCUGCUUCUGAUGAGUCAUCAACUUCCACUGGACUGCCCCAAAAACAAAGAGCUUCGAGCUUGGGCUUGUCAAAGAACGGAAGGUUUGGGUCAAUCGAAAAUGCUUCCUUUGAAAACGACCGCGGAGUCACGAAAGCUGUCGACACGGAAAGUGGUGCGUCCGUUAUAAUCAAGUGGAUCACGGCUAAGGGGCCAAAGUACAUCAAAGCAGCUGAAGAAGAGGCCCAAAAACUGCGAGAUUUGAGCGCGCAGUGCCAGUUUAUCGUCAAAUUUAUCGACUUUUUGCCAAAAGUGCGGCCAGACUGGUGGGAGUGGAGUAUUUUGUCCUUCAUCGUCAUGGAGUUCUGCCCUGGUGGUUCUUUGAAAGACUGGGUUGAUGCAAGAAAGGCGCAAGGUCGGAGAACUACUGUCAAAGAAGCGACUGUAAUCGGGACGCAAAUUGCUUUGGCGCUGAGUUUUUGCCAUUCUCGAAAAAUCGCACACUUGGAUGUCAAACCAGCAAAUGUGAUGAUGAUGAGCGACGGCUAUACUAUCAAACUAGGCGAUUUCGGCAUAUCAUCGCUUCUCGAUACUGUCAGAGACACGAUAACAACAAAAGGCCUGCAAGGAAUCGUCGAACAUACUCUUCUCUACAUCACUCCAGGAAAUUUUUAA